AUGACCCCUCCAAGCACUUCUGAAGCCUGGCGUGAGAUUGCCAACCAGUUCAUGACAAGGUGGAACUUCCCUCAUAGUUGUGGUGCCCUUGACGGCAAACAUGUUGCCUGCAGAUGCCCUAACUCUUCCGGAUCAACCUACUACAACUACAAGGGAUUCUAUUCUGUGGUGAUUAUGGCCCUAGUGGACGCAGAUUACAAGUUCAUCUGGGCAGAUGUUGGUGGGAAAGUAGCAGCAUCCGACGCACAAAUCUAUAACGGGUCUGAGCUGAAAGAAUGCAUCGAUGAUGGCUCCAUUGGCUUCCCACCAGCUGAACCCCUGCCCAACGACAACGAGGAUGUGCCGUACUACCUAAUCGGUGACGACGCGUUCGCCGUGAGGUCUAACAUGAUGAAGCCGUAUUCGCACCGUGGUAUGGACGACGACGAGAGGAUCUGCGACUACAGGCUGUCAAGGGCACGUCGUGUGGUCGAGAAUGCCUUUGGCAUCCUUGCCAAUAGGUUCCAGGUUCUCCUCACCACUAUGAACCAUGUUCCUGCAGCUGAAUUCACUAUGAAAUUUCCAGCGUUUUGUACCCGUUCGACCGUAAAAAUCACACGCCAGUAA